AUGAAACCGCAGAGUCUCGUCCAACAAUCGCCGACGAACCGCAAGCUAACCACCGGCUGCGAAACAAUCGACGGAUGUCUUCGCGGAGGAUUUCCCUGCGAUUCUCUUACGGAAAUCGUGGCGGAGAGCGGCUGCGGAAAAACACAACUCUGCCUUCAGCUCUCGCUCUGUGCCCAACUCCCGAUUUCAAACGGCGGGCUCGACGGUUCUGCUCUUUAUCUCCAUUCCGAGUUUCCGUUUCCAUUUCGCCGCCUUCAUCAGCUUUCACGCUCGUUUCAUCUAUCGAACCCUGGUAUUUACGCGGAUCACAAUGAUAACCCGUGUGAUCAUGUGUUCGUACAAAACGUUCAUUCUGUAGACCACCUGUUCGACAUAAUGCCUAAGAUAGAUGCUUUUGCUCGGAAUUCGAAAAAUAGGUUUCCUUUGAAGCUGAUUAUACUUGAUUCUGUGGCGGCGUUGUUCAGAUCGGAAUUUGAUAACACCCCGUCUGAUCUCAGGAAGAGAGCUUCUUUGUUUUUCAAGAUAUCAGGGAAGUUGAAGCAGUUGGCAAAUAAGUUUGAUUUGGCUGUGGUGAUUACGAAUCAGGUCACUGAUUUCGUGGAAUCUUCUGAUGGGUUAAGUGGGUUGAGGGUUGGGAAUUUGAGGUAUUUGUGUUCGUCUGGGAGACGAGUUGUUCCUGCUUUGGGGUUGGCUUGGGCUAAUUGUGUGAACUCCAGAUUUUUCAUCUCAAGAAGUGAUGAUACUAUCUGCAAAGAGAGAAGCGAAAAAGAAAGAGCUCAGAGACGUCUUGACAUUGUUUUUUCACCUCAUUUGCCUGGUUCUUCUUGCGAGUUCAUGAUCACACGAGAGGGGAUUUGUGGGGUUUAG